UUGGUGCUGUUCUCCUUGUCCGAAGCUCCCAACAACAUCAGAGAACAGAAAAUGACACUCCUCUGAGAAGCCAGCCCGUCACCAUAUCACCCUGCCGGCGAAGUCUCCCCCACUGCCAACGACGACGACUCCAUCGAUCUCAGAAGAAACAGGGAAGAACCCAAAAGCAGAGAGAGAGAGAGAGAGACCUCAGCCCCCACAGCAAUGUCGAGAAGCUUCCGUUCCUCACAUCCCCUCCUCGCGAUCUGCGCCGCCCUAGCGAUCUUCGCCGCCCUGGCCUCCUCCACCGCCUUCGCGGCGGAGCUGGAGUGGGCGUCCCUGUCCGCAGCGGUGGGGAGGACGGCGGGGAAGCUGGUGGGGGAGGAGGAGGAGUUCGGGCUGGACUCGGAGACGAACCGGCGGAUACUGGCGACGAGCAGAUAUAUCAGCUACGGGGCGAUGCAGAGGAACACGGUGCCCUGCUCCCGGCGCGGCGCCUCGUACUACAACUGCAAGCCCGGAGCUCAGUCCAACCCCUACUCCCGCGGCUGCAGCUCCAUCUCCAGGUGCCGGAGCUAAACCACAGCUCCAUACAUACUCUCCUCCAUAAACACUAGUCACUCACUCCUAUGGAGGAUUGAUUGUGAUUUGAUUAAUUGAUCAAUUCCAUUGAUUGGUUAAUUUUGGUCUCUUUCUUUUAUUUUUUUUUUCCUUUUUGUUGGGUUUCUUUUUUCCGGGGUGAUGGUGAUACGUGGAAGCCGGGGAUUGGUGGGGAAUGUUGUUGAUGUGUCAUAAAUCGAUCUGUAAAACAAGAUUAAUUUCUGUUCCAUAAUCUUUUUUUUUUUUAUUGCCAUUUCCCUUUCUUGAUGACGGGUUGUUUUGAUUUGGAAUCUGGGCCCUUUUGAUAUGCAAUGUGGGUUGCUUGAAUGA